AUGUCUGUUGCUUCAUCAGUAGCGAAUGACAAGCUAACAGACCUUCGGAUGAAAAAGAAGCAAGCUAUACAGUCAUUGAAUUUUGAUGCUGCAGAAGAAUAUGAUCGACAAAUCGAAGAAACAAAUCAAUUUAUUCUUACAGACAGAGUAGAGAAGAUUCAUCAAGAAAUUCUCAAUGAUAUCAAGAAAAACUACAUAAAUUAUUGCCAAGCAAAAGAUGAAAUCGACAAUUUUCAAAAAAAGCAAGAAUAUUUAAUUCGAACCAAAUAUGGACAAGACUGCGAUGUAUCACAAAAACAAUUCGAAAAUGAAAGUAAAAGUAUUGAUAAGGCUCAUGAUACCGCAUUAUUAAGAGAAGCCGAAGCAGAAGUUCCUGAGCAAAUUGAAAAGCUUGAAGAAGCCAAAAAUAUGGCUUCUCAAGGCAAAUAUGCCGAAGCUAAGCAAUUGAUGGCUGAAGCUCGUUUAAUUGGCGAAAGUAUUUUAGCAGCAAGAAAAGAACGUGUUGAUAACGAAUUUGAACAAUCCAGAUCUAUACACGCUACAAAACAACAGGAAGAAAUGGAAAGAAUCGAAGCCAAAUUUGAAGAACAAAUGGAAAUUCUAAAUAAUGAGAUUGCAGCUAGACAACAAGAAGCUGAACAACGAUAUCAAAGCGGCCUAGAACUAAUACGUGAAAGAGCAAAAAUUAAAUGCAUGACACUCUUAACUGAUGACAAAACUAAAGAAGAUUUAGUUUACCAACUAAAUCUUAAAAUAAACGAUACGGUAAUGGCUCUAGAAAGUGGAGCAGUCACUCCAUCAUAUCCUACAUCAUCUACUAGAUACUCUGGAAAAUCUACAACUUCUACCCGAUCCAAGCGCAAUACUCCUGGAUCAAAGAGCAGAUCUAGAACUAGUAGUUCAAAGAAUAGUGUGCCAAGCACGAACGGAAAUAUAACUCCUUCUGGAACUUUAAGUCCAAAAUAA